AUGUUUGCGCCCAGGGGCAGGGGCUACGAGUCCGAGUCGGAGGACGAGGGGCGGAGAAAGGUGCUGGCUAGCAGAUCCAAGCUCGAAGGGAGGCUCGAGGGGAAGCCCUCGCUGCAAGCGGGCGGGGCGGACGACAAGAAGAAAAAGAAGAUCAAGCUGCCGCCGCAGGAGAGCAUCGAGCAGAUUUGGGAGCGCUUCUCCAAGGAGCAAUUCACCAAGGCUCUCAAGAUCCUGCCGUUCGACCCCGUCCCGGCCUCGACCGCCUCCGUCCGGGCCAACGAGCUCCUCACGGCCGGCUACGAACGGGCCGCAGAGGAGUGCAGACGCAGGGUCCGCAAGAUCAUCCAGGAGUGCAAGCGGGUCAACAAGCGAUAUCGGGAUCCGGGGUUUGAUCUGGAUUGGGAUCUAAAAUGGCGAAAGGGGAAUACGCUUAACUACCUGGGGAAGACCAAGUUUGAGCUUAGCACGCAGACGGCGCGAGACCCCAACUCCAGCGUCCCCAAGGCCGUGAAGCGGAUCCAUGAGAUCUUUGAUAAGCCAACUUUUAUGAAGGAGAUCCAUGGGUCAGAUGUCAAGCAGGGCGGUCUGGGCGACUGCUGGCUGAUUGCCAGUCUCAGUGGUUUGGCAAAUAUCGAAGGUGUUGUUCGCCGUUCAUGCGUCGAGUACAAUACCAAGAUUGGGAUUUAUGGCUUCGUUUUUUACCGAGAUGGCGAAUGGAUAUACUCCAUCAUCGACGACAAGCUUUUCCUCAAGUCUCCCUGCUGGGACGACCGCAGCAUGCAGCGCGACCUUCUCCAACAGAUUGACAAGGACGAAGCAGAAAUCACGUACCGCAAGACGUACCAGACUGGCUCCAAGGCUCUGUUCUUCGGCCAGAAUGUGAAUCAAAACGAAACGUGGGUGCCGCUUAUGGAGAAGGCCUACGCCAAGGCCCACGGUGACUACGCUUCGUUGAUCGGCGGCUGGAUUGGCGAGGGCCUCGAGGACCUAACUGGCGGUGUCACAACCGACCUGCUGGCGUCGGAUAUUCUCGACACGGACGAGUUCUGGGACAACGAACUCGACAAAGUCAACCAGGAGUUUUUGUUCGGCCUCUCCACUGGCCUGCUCGACGGUGGCCACGGUAACAGGGACGGCAUCCAGGAACGUCACGCCUACAACGUCGUCGAGACGAAAACGCUUACGAAUGGCACCCGGCUUCUGAAGUUGAGAAACCCAUGGGGAUCGAAGAGACGAGGUAUCUGGGAGGGCGCUUACUCGGACGGGUCUAAGGAGUGGAACGAGCAAGAAGUGCAGCAGGAGCUCAAGCACUCUUUCGGGAGCGACUCGGUCUUCUGGAUCACGUACGAGGACAUGCUGCGCAAGUUCCAGCACAUCGACCGCACCCGGCUCUUCCGCGAGGACGGCUGGCGCUCCUCCCAGCGCUGGAUCGGGGUCGACGUGCCCUGGCGGGCGCAGUGGCACGAGAAGUUCCACGUGCGCCUGACGCGGGACUCACCCCUGGUCCUGGUGCUCUCGCAGCUCGACGACCGCUACUUCAAAGGGCUCGAGGGCCAGUACAGCUUCGAGUUGAGCUUCCGCGUGCACGAGCAGGGCAAGCCGGACCCGGAGGACUACGUCGUGCGGUCGCACGCAAACUACCUCAUGGAGCGCUCCGUCGGCGUCGAGAUCCCCGACAUGGCCGCGGGCAACUACUCCAUCUGGAUCUCGGUGCGGGCGGACCGCAACUGGGCCACGCGCGAGAGCGUCGAGGCCGUCGUCAAGCGCGAGUGCCGCAACAAGGACGAGAACGAGAAGCUGGCCCAGGUCGGGCGAGCCUACGACCUGGCUCACGCCAAGGCGGCCCAGCACCUAAACGAGGUGGCGCGCCGCCGCCGCGCCGCCGACCACUCCAAGGCCUCGGGUGAGCGCAAGGACGAGCGCCGCACCAACUGGGAGCGCCGCCGCAUCAACAGGGAGAUCCAGCAGGCGCAGAACGCCAAGAAUCUGCGCAAGCGCGAGAGGCGCAAGGCGGAGCGCAAGGCCGCCGCCGAAAAGACCGCCGCCGAAAAGACCGCCGCCGAGGAAGCUGUAAAGAAGGCCGCCGAGGAAGCCGCUGCUGCCGAGAAAAAGACUGUCGACAAGGCUCUUGCCGCUGCGAAGAAAGACGCUGAGGGUGAGGGGGCAGAGGCCGCUUCGACAACUGCUGCCUCGACAACUGUUGCUUCUAGCACCGCUGGGAAAACCAGUGACGAGAAAGCACCGGAGCAGGUUGCUGGGGAGUCCUCAGAAGGUCAAGAUAAAGUGGAGCCCAACGACAAGGAUGAGAGCUCCACAUCGGUUCAAGAGAACAAGGAGGAGCCCUCCACUGACAGCUCCAGCGACCUGACCAAGGAACCUGCCAAGACAGAGCCGAAGCCGGAUACCGCAGCCCAAACACUAGCCGUCAAGCCCGACCAGCCAACCGGCGAUGACGGGGAGUCCGUGCCGUCUAACAAGGAGGGCAAUUCUGAGCGCAGCAGCGCGUCGCAAGGGAAGCCCACUCACAUCGACGUACCUCCCCAUGCCGACCCGACCCAAACCAGCAAGUCCACCAGCGAGGGCGGAGAUGGCAGCCCUGCCUUGUCCGCCGCCAGCACUCCCCAAGAUACCCCGCUCGACACACCGCAGUGCGAAAAGGCCAGCGCGGAGCAGGCUGGGGACAAGGAGAAGGACGACAAGGUCCCCGUGCCGCCCGUCGAGGGCGGCCCUCCCCCGCCGGCCCUGCCCGUAAUCUGCCAGUACCACAAGGACCAAGAGGAGGCGGCGCAACGGCGCAUCCAGGCCGCCGAGGAGGAGGCGCAGCAGCGCCAGCUCCAGGCACAGCAGCAGCAGCAGCAGCAGGCCGAGCCGGCGCCGCAGCCGGAGCCGAGCUACUCGGAGGACGACUCGUCCGACAGCCCCGUCUCGGACUGGGAGCAGCUGUUUGACUCGGAGGACGACGACCAGGCCAAGGAGCCGCUGCGGCUAAAGGCGGCGGCCCGGGCGGCGGCCACGGCGGCCAACGGCGGCGUCGACGUCGGCAAGGACCACGACGAGACCGAAGACGACGGCGAGUCGCGCCCGGAGCCGUGGGGCGCCGUGUGCGUCGUCGGGUUCCGCAUCUACAGCCGCGACGAGGCGCUCGAGCUGCGCGUCGUCAUGGAGGGCGAGGCGCUCGAGGAGGGCGGCAUGGGCGAGAAAGGUGCGGCCGACCUCGAUAACGCGCAGGCCAACGCCGGCGGCGAGAGGGCCAAGAAGGACGAGGAGGAGAAGCCCAAGGAAGAGGAGAAGACCAAGAAGAAUGCCGACGCCGCACAGCCGCGAGACGGCCACGACGACGACGACGACGACGACGACGCGGGCUACGAGGCCGACAAGGACGACGGGAAGUCGAGGCGCGAGGCCGACAGCAACACCGACGGCUUCGCGCCUUACCAGACCAUCGUCAGCAAGGGCGGCGACGAGUUCGAGAAGGCGUCAGCCCCCGUUGUCGUCGUCGCGGACGACCAAGAGGAGAAGGCUGAGGACCCGGAGGGGGAGAAGGCCGGCGACGGCGCCUAG